AUGGCCAUCGAGGCCGAGCGCGUUGGUGAUAUGGAGACGACCAAGACUGAAGGCGACGACUUUACGCCUGACGAAGAGGGCGCCUCGCUCCUACCUCUCAUGAUGAUGACCUAUAUGCUUCAAAGCUACGACAAAGGCAUUAUGAGCGCCGCAACCCAAUUCAACUUCAAUAGCGACCUCAAACUCACCACAAUCGUGGGCUACCAAGCCGACGGCAAACCCAUCACCAACAAUCAAAAGUACUCAAAUGCUGCCAUGAUGUUCUACAUUGGCUAUUUGGUCGGAACAUAUCCCAUGAUGUACUUGUCUCAACAUUAUCCCACCUCGAAAGUCCUUUCUCUGGCUACCUUUCUCUGGGGUGCAGUGGUUAUGUCAACAGCGGGCUGCUCAAACUAUGUGGGUAUUAUGCUCAAUCGCUUCUUCCUGGGCUUUCUGGAAUCUACUGUUGCUCCAGCCUUUACGGUGUUUGUUACCUUCUGGUGGACUCGCGAUGAACAAGCCCUUCGAAACAGCCUCUGGUACAGUUGCGUGGGUGUUGCCACAACCAUCUCGCCCUUGAUUAAUUACGGCCUGGGCCAGAUCAACACCUCGAUGCCUCGUUGGAAGCCUAUGUUUCUGAUCCUAGGAGCUGUGACGCUAUUCUGGUCCAUCGUUCUCUCCUUUGCUCUGCCAGACAGUCCUUUAACCACCAAGCGGUUGACUGAGUCGGAGAGGAAGAUUGUCGUCCGCCGACUAGAACGAAACAACGCCGGCACCAUCAGUCGCAAAUUCAACAAGGGCCAGUUCCUUGAGGCAUUUCGCGACUACAAGCUAUACAGCUGUACUCUCAUUAUCCUCCUUACCGGUGUCCCGUCAGGGGCCUUGGGUACGUUUGGGACAGUGGUGAUCAAUGGGUUUGGCUUCGACCAUUUCGACUCGUUGGCCUUGACCUGUCCCAUUGGCGCCAUCACCGCGACCAGCAUUCUCUUUGUGGGCUACGUCACGCGCAAAUGGAACAACCUUCGGUACCUGUCCAUUGUUACCUGUGCUCUCAUCUCCAUUGCUGGUACUCUUAUCUGCUGGCUUGGACCGCGAAACAAUCGCGGCUUGUUGUUUGCGGGCGUCUUCCUUAUUGCGGUUCAAGUCUCUGCCGGAGGAGUAGCAGUUUCUCUCGCUGCAUCAAACAUUGCAGGACACACGAAAAAGGCCACCGUCAGCGCAACAACCUUCGUCGGAUACUGCGUGGGGAACGUGAUAGGGCCCGAGAUUUUCGGCGCCUCACCCGGCCCUGUGUACCAUGCAGGCUUCAUGGGAAGUUGUAUUUGCUUGUGCUGUGUGGUGGUUAUUGCGACUGUCACUUACGUCCUUCUUCGUAGAGAGAAUGCGAAGAGAGACAGAAUUCAUGGUGGACGAGGUGGCCAGCAUGGCAUCGAAGAGGAUUUAUCGGACAUGAAGAAUGGAGAGUUCCGAUAUGUACUGUAG